AUGACAACUGUCUUAGACAGUUCAUUCGUGCUUCGGCCGCGAGUCGCUUCCGCUUGCUCGUGUCUCGUCACGCCAACUUCAACUCCCUCUGGAGGCCCUUACUUGAACCAAUUGAUGAAGUCACAGGGAAAGCUUUGGUUUGGAACAGCCGCAGACAUCCCGGGCACCGACGAAACCACUGAUCCUGCCUACCUUACAAUCUUGACGGACCCGAAGAACUUUGGCGAAAUGACUCCAGCAAACACCAUGAAGUUCAUGUUCACGGAACCAGAACAAGGUGUCUUCAACUACACUGGUAGCGACUACUUUCUCGAUCUUGCCGAGAAAUCAGGAGACCUCGUCCGCUGCCAUAAUCUAAUCUGGCUCUCUCAGCUAUCUCCUUGGGUUACAGAAGGAAAUUGGACGGCGGAGACCCUCACAGCUGUGAUGGAAAACCACAUCAAGACACUCAUCACACACUGGAGCGAUCGCUGCUAUUCUUGGGACGUUAUCAAUGAGGCACUCGCUGGCAAUGGUUCUUUCUCUUCGAGUAUCUGGUACGACACCAUUGGUCCCGACUACUUCCAUCUCGCCUACCAAUUUGCCACAGAAGCUGUUGAGGCCACAGGAAAAGACAUCAAGCUUUACUACAACGACUACGGUAUCGAGUCUCCUGGCGAGAAGACGACUGCAACAUAUGCGCUUAUCAAGGAUCUUCAAAGUCGCAACAUCAGAAUCGAUGGCGUUGGCCUCGAAUCUCAUUUCGAAGUGGGCGGCACACCAUCGACAGCCGACCAACUUGAAGCCAUGCAAGGCUAUAUCGCUCUUGGUGUUGAUGUCGUCCAAACAGAGCUCGAUAUCAGGUUCCCCACAGCGCCAUACUACAACGAGACUGGUCAAGCAGAGCAAGCCCAAGACUACUACCAGAGUGUUGCUGCUUGUAUGUUGGUUGGUCCUCACUGCAUUGGGACCACUGUUUGGGAUUUUGAUGAUUACUAUAGCUGGGUUCCUUCUUCGUUCCCCGGGCAAGGUGGUGCGGAUAUCUAUAACGACACAUUGCAGAGGAAGCCAGCUUAUUAUGCUAUUGCUGAAGCGAUUCAAGGUUUGCCUUGCACUGUAUGCUAG